AUACCCCAGGAUGAGUGCCUGAGAUACCUCUUUCAGUGGGUUUACCAAAGGAGAGGUUUAGUACACCUGUGCUGUAGUAAGUUGGUGAAUUAUCUAACGCCGAUUAAAUAUCUCAGAAAACCACUGACAUUAAUCCACCUGAAUAGUAUUCAGGAGCUGGAAAUCCGCAACAUGUCCUGGCCACGUCUGAUAAGAAAGCUUCGUUGUUACCUGAAGGAGAUGAAGAAUCUUCGCAAACUCGUUUUCUCCAGGUGCCAUCGUUACACGUCAGACAAUGACCUCAAGGGACGGUUAGUCGCCAAAUUCGGCUCUGUGUUCCUCAGGCUGGAACAUCUCUAGUUGCUUAAAAUAAAAUUGGUCACCUUCUUCAGUGGGCACCUGGAACAGCUGAUCAGGUGCCUCCAGAACCCCUUGGAGAACUUGGAAUUGACUUGUGGCUACCUAUUGGAAGAGGAUGUGAAGUGUCUCUCCCAGUACCCAAGCCUCGGUUACCUGAAGCAUCUGAAUCUCAGCCACGUGUCACUGUUCCGCGUCAGUCUUGAGCCCCUCGGAGCUCUGCUAGAGAAAGUUGCUGCCACUCUCGAGACCCUCAUCUUGGAGGGCUGUCAGAUCCACUACUCCCAACUCAGUGCCAUCCUGCCCGGCCUGAGCCGCUGCUCCCAGCUCACCACCUUCUACUUUGGUCAAAAUUUCAUGUCUGUGGAUGCCCUGAAGGACCUGCUGCGCCACACCAGCGGGCUGAGCAAGUUAAGCCUGGAGACGUAUCCCGCCCCUUGGGAGAGUUUGAAUUCCUUGAUUCGUGUCAGUUGGAAGAUCUUCACCCCACUUUGGGCUGAGCUGAUGCAGACACUGAGGGAAGUCAGGCAGCCCAGGAGGAUCUUCAUUGGUCCCACCCCCUGCCCUUCCUGCGGCUCAUCACCGUCUGAGGAACUGGAGCUCCAUCUUUGCUGCCAGGGAAGGCGUGCCUAG